CACAUUUUAUCAUCAUCCAAUCCAAAAAUGAAGACUCCAAAUGCUUCAUUGCUUUCACUUAUAAUUUCUCUUCUUUCCUUGAUUUCAUGGGCAACUUCAGCUUAUACUCACGAGGAUUUUCUUCAAUGCCUUUCCCUUCAUUUUCCUAAUUCCAACUCAAUCUCCAAAGUUAUUUACACUCCUUACAACUCUUCGUACCGAUCCAUUUUGGAAUCUGAAAUACGAAUGGAGCGAUUCUUACCACCAGCCCCAAUCCCCAAACCUCUCGUCAUCAUUACACCAUUGGUGGAAUCCCAUAUCCAAGCAGCCAUUUACUGCUCUAAAAAGCAUGGCAUGCAAAUCCGGGUUCGGAGUGGUGGCCAUGACUACGAGGGUCUCUCUUACAUCUCUUAUCAGGCCCCGUUCGUCAUGGUUGACCUAGUAAAUUUUCAAUCAAUCAAUAUUGAUGUCAAAAAUAGCACCGCAUGGGUUCAAGCUGGGGCCACGAUUGGUCAACUUUAUUACACCAUAGCUAAGAAAAGUCCAACUCUUGGCUUUUCGGCUGGUGUUUGCCCUACAGUAGGUGUUGGUGGACACUUUAGUGGGGGAGGAUAUGGGAUGAUGUCCCGUAAUUAUGGGAUCGCUGUCGAUAACAUCAUUGAUGCUCGAUUAAUCGAUGUAAAUGGAAGAAUUCUGGAUCGGAAGUCGAUGGGGGAAGACCUAUUUUGGGCCAUUAGAGGAGGUGGAGGCGCUAGUUUUGGUGUUAUUAUCGCAUGGCACAUUAAACUUGUACAAGUUCCCAAAAACGUCACGGUUUUCACCGUUAACAGAACCUUGGAACAAAAUGCCACCAAGAUUGUACACAAGUGGCAAUACGUUUCCGAGAAAAUUGAUGAAAAGCUACUUCUCAGGCUCUUUCUUGGAAAAGCCAAUUCUAGCCAAGACGGAAAAGAAACAGUACAAGCCUCGUUCGUUACCUUGUACCUUGGUGGAGCUGACACACUCCUCCCAUUGAUGCAACAAAGGUUUCCUGAGUUGGGUUUGGUGAGAUCAGACUGUAUCGAAAUGAGUUGGAUCGAUUCAAUACUCUAUUUUGCGGGUGUUAGUGGAGAACCGCUUGAUAUUUUGUUGAAUAGGAGUUCGUUGGUGACAUAUUCUGGUUCAUAUUUCAAGGGAAAAUCAGAUUAUGUGACCGAGCCCAUUUCUGAAGCUGGGCUUGAAUCCAUAUGGAGAACGGUUCUGGAAUAUCCCGAGGACAUCGAGAUGCAAUUUAGUCCUUAUGGUGGAAGGUUAAGUGAGAUUUCAGAAUCCGCAACGCCUUUCCCCCAUAGAGCGGGGACCUUAUACAGCAUUCAUUAUGGAGUCUCGUGGACUGAAGCGGGAAAAAGUGCAUUGAACUGGAAUAUGAGAGCAAUCCGAAGGUUUUAUAGUUUCAUGACUCCUUAUGUUACCAAGAAUCCAAGAUCUGCAUAUCUCAACUACAGAGAUCUUGAUUUGGGGGUAAAUAACAAAGGGAACACUACAAGCUAUGAACAAGCAAGCAUUUGGGGUUUGAAAUACUAUGGGAUCAACUUUAAGAGAUUGGUUCAUGUGAAGACCAAGGUCGAUCCUGGUAACUUUUUCAGGAAUGAGCAAAGCAUUCCAACUCUGUGAUUCUACCCUCGUGUGAUUGUGGUACAUAUAGAAUAGUAGUGGUGUUAUGGAUCAUCAUCGGACAGAAAAGUUUAGCCAUUAAUGUAUUUAUCUGUUUAGACAUAUAUAUAGCCAUAGUAAAUAAAUGUUCGGAAAUGAUGUAAAAGAAAGUAUUUUGUUGAAUAAAAGGAUGUUUGUUUUUUUCC